GGAUGUGCACGAGGAGUGGGCUGUCACACCAACACAGAAUACGUUCCAAAUGUCAAUGGAGUACAAAGUAAAGCCUGAUCCAGGUCCUAUCCUUGACCUCAUAACAGCCUUUCGUGCUUCUCAGGCGCUCUUUGCAGCCGUGGAGCUGGGGAUAUUUGACUGCUUAGCAGCAUUGAAUCCAUACUUGUGCUCAACGAACAUAGCAGUAUUACCCGACCGCAACGACGGUUGUGUACAUUGUGACCUACAGAACCUGUGCGAUGCGGUAUCUAAGCGACGAGGCGAGCCUGUUUCCCUGGAUGGCUUGGAUCGGCUCUGCCGUACCUGCGUUGCUCUUGGGAUGUUGCGUUGUCCUGAGCCAGGUCGUUUCGCAUUGACGCCGAUGGCUGCCACCUACCUAGUCAGCACCUCCCCUGAUUCCUUAACUGGCUACUGCACUCACUCCCAACAGGUGGUGUGGCCCCUCUUCGGCGGCCUCACCGCUGCAGUCGUAAGCGGCUCCCAUGUGUGGUCCCGGCAAUUCGGCACCGCCGCUGCGACCACCACCGCAAUCACCAUCAGCAACGCUGCUGCUGCUGCAGGGAGCCCUCCUGCUGCCUCAGCCGGCUCGAGGGAUUCCAUGGCCGCCACCAGCAGCACCAGCACCCCGCCUGCUGCCCCCGGUACUGCUGCCACGUGGGGCCCAGAAACCUCCGCUGCAGGUGCGGCUGCGGGUGCUGCUGCUGCUGCUGCCGCCAGUGCGCUAAUCCAGGUGGAGGGAAAUCCGCUGCUUCCGGUACCAUCGUCUGCCGCCGCCACAGCAGCAGCAGAGGUCACACCCGCGCCCGCCCGAGCCCCAGCUGCCCCCGAGGACCAGCCCAGCGGGGACCCGCAGCCGCCCUCCACAGCGGCAGCAGCAGCAGCGCCAGCUGCCAACCUGGCCUCCCCCGGCACAGUGCCUGCACCCUCACCUAAGCCUCCUGCUGCUGCUGCUGCCCCACCUGCUGCUGCCGCCCCGGCUGCUGCUGCUGCCCCACCUGCUGCUGCCGCCCCGGCUGCUGCUGCUGCCCCACCUGCUGCUGCCGCCCCGGCUGCUGCUGCUGCUCCUUCGCACCAGAGCACUAACAUCAACAGCACCCAUGUUGCUGUCACCCCUGCUGCACCUCCUCCUCCUGCACCCGCGCCAAGCACCAACACCGCUGCCGUCACGGCUCAGGACGUCUUCGCCCGCAUCUACUCCACCCCCUCCGACGUGCUUCGCUUCCUGCGCGGCAUGCACUCCUUCGCAGCCCUGUCGGCAGGCGCGGUCGUCACCGCCUUCGACCUCUCCUCCGCUCGCACGCUGCUGGAUCUGGGAGGAGGCACGGGGGCAAUCGCUUGCGCCGCGUGCGAAUCGUAUCCGGGCCUGGCGUCAGCGGUGGUGGUGGAGCUGCCGCAUGUGGUGGAGGUCGCGGAGGCGAAUUUUGCGCCGGGACUGACCCGCGGGUCACCGACAGCAGUGGGGCGGGUGCGCUGGUUGGCUGCGGACUUCUUUAAAGAGGAAGACAAGCUGCCUCAUGGGGUGGACGUGGUGGUGCUCUCCCGCAUCCUGCACGACUGGGACUCGCCCCGCUGCUCGUCGCUGCUGUCGCUGGCGCGGCGGCUGCUGCGACCCGGAGGGUCGGUGCUGCUGGCGGAGAUGCUGCUGCAGCCGGACAGGCUGGGGCCGCUGCCGGUGCUGCUGCAGGACCUCAACAUGCUGUGUCAGACGCACGGCAGGGAGCGAAGUACGGCACAGUACGGCAGGUUGUUGGAGGCGGCGGGGUUUGCUGCGGAGUCGGUUGAGGGGCGCCGUACAGGUGCCUAUCUAGAUGUGGUGCUAGCUCGCAAGCCGGAGUAAGGAGUGGGGGAGGGGAAGAGGAAUUUCGUGGUGCGGGAUGGUUCGGAGGGGGGGAAGGAAAGCGUUGGCUACGGGGCUGUUGCUAGCCACGUUUCUUGUAGUGUCUUUGGCACCCUGUAUCGUACGGACACGCUGUGCGCGCGUACAGAGCGUAACUGCAUGUAUGUAUGUGACGCAGCGGGUUAGGGCGGCCCCCAGCGGGGCGGGAGGGCGGUUUGGGUCACUGUGGUAAUGAUGUGCAUGCUUAGAGGGGCUUUGCUGUAUGGCGUGUUAGAUGUGCUACCGUACGAGUACGGGAGCUGACAUGGAAAGGUUUGGGCAGCACGCAUUCCCUGUUUUCUUGAGGGGGGGGCGCUGGAAGAGUGGACGACGAAGGGAUCCAUUGACAGGGGUGUUAUGGAGGGAAAGUGGGAGAGAGAGAGGUUUGUGCACGGGAGAUCAAGAGGAAGGAAGAGCGAGGGUGUGGGAGUGUGAGCUUGCCCGUUUAGACAGCUGCAAGGCACAGUAUAGGCAGGAGCAUGCAGAAGGAGCGUGUGUAAAGAAGGAGGACUUUAGGGUUCGGGCUGGGUUCUUAGACGCCUGGGUGCGCUGAUGAUGUGUUACGCAGGAAUGGUGGCGGGUGGAGCGUCAGCAGGAUGGGAGCGGAACAUACCGGCAGUCGGCACCCGUCGGCAUGGGCGAGCACGGGUUCAAAGGCAAAACCACUUAUUUACAAACUUAACACAAGUGAAAUAAUGGCAAGUACGAGUACCGGUCCCUGAAACCCACUACGGCCGGGUGCAAUGUAAUCAG